AUGCCGCGCUUUCACACAACAUUUAAUGGAUACUCCGUGAAGUUCUCGCCGUUUGUGGAGUCGCGGCUAGCGGUGGCGACCGCCCAAAACUUUGGGAUCAUCGGCAACGGGCGCCUGCACGUGCUCGAGUCGACCCCCGCCGGCCUUGUCGAGGCGGCGGCGUUUGACACCGCCGACGGAUUGUAUGACGUGGUAUGGUCCGAGGAGAAUGAGAAUAUCCUCGUGGGGGCCUGCGGCGACGGCAGCAUCAAGCUGUACGAUCUGGCGGCGCCAUCGCAGGCCAACCCGCUGCGCUCUCUGCAGGAGCACCGGAGAGAGUGCUGCUGCGUCAGCUGGAACGGGCGGCAGCGCGACCUGUUCCUCUCCAGCAGCUGGGACGACACGGUCAAACUCUGGUCAACGCAGCGGCCCGGCAGCCUGCAGACGUUCACAGGCCACACCUACUGCGUCUACCACGUCGCCUGGAGCCCCCACCAUUCUGAUGUGUUCCUCUCAGCAUCCGGUGACACCAGUGUGCGGCUCUGGGACCUGCGGCAGCCAUUACCCACUCUGCUGCUGCCUGCGCACGCAUUUGAGGUCCUGUCCGCUGACUGGUGCAAGUACAACGACUGCAUCAUAGCCACGGGGUCGAUAGACAAGUCCAUAAAGAUCUGGGACGUGCGGCAGCCGCAGCGCGAGCUGGCGACGCUCCUGGGCCACAACUACGCAGUGCGCCGCGUCGUGUUCUCGCCCCACGCGGAGAGCGUCCUCGCCUCAUGCUCCUAUGACAUGACAGUCCGCCUGUGGGACUGGCGGGCGGGGGCCGGCAUCGGCGGCGGCGGCGGCGGCGGCGCGCAGCUGCGGGCGUGGGACCACCACUCGGAGUUUGCUGUUGGGCUUGACAUGAGCCUGCUGCAGGAGGGCGUCAUUGCCAGCAGCGGCUGGGACGAGUGGACCAAUGUGUGGCACAUGAGCGGCGGGCCGUGA